GUACCUUCAGUACGGUCGGCAAAAAUUGGUUGUAUGUAGAUAAGUUUAUGAAAAUUUCAUGUCCAAGAGCAAAUCGAAGGAUCCGUGUAAGCCAGCAGCUUGUCGAAUACAGACUUGUUUGAAAGAGCACAGCUUCGACGAGGUAAAGUGCUACGAUGUCAUCGAAGAAAUGCGCCAGUGCUGUCUGAAGUGGCACAAAGUGUCGCUUUGCUGUUCCGGAAUACAACUGGACCGAGACUAUAAAGCGGAAAAGGAAGCGGCGGAAAGAGAGAGAAGUAAACAAACGAACAACUAGGCAAUGUCUACCGAUUCUCGUCGCCCGUUACGAGUUCCCAAGCGCAAUUGGAUUCAAAGAAAUCCCCGUUUGUUCAGCAACCUUGUGACCGGUACCGCUUUGCUGAUCUUUUUCUCAAAACCAUUAUACGACGCG